AUGAGUGAAUACAUAGCUAUGAAUAAGGAUUUGUUGGUAGAGAUUUUCUUACGUCUGUCCGUACAAUCUCUCUUGAGACUGAGAGCUGUCUGCAAAUCCUGGUGUCACAUUAUCGAUUCUAGCGCUUUCAGAAAACUGCACAUUCACAAUGACAACAACAACAACAAAUCAGAUGAUGGCACGGUAUAUCUACGAGUUACUUUUCCCAAAGUUGUGCCGAACAAACUGUCGAUAAAGUUCCAUCAUAAUGGAAAGUCAUUAAUGUCGUAUGAAUCCGAGCACUCGAGCGAUAAAAUGAUUAGUUGGGUUGGGUCAGUUAAAGGUCUAAUCUGCAUUAACCAUAAGAACUUUGAGGUGCCCAUAGCCAUAUGCAACCCUUUUCUAGGUCAACUAAAGAUUCUCCCACUUACUACCACUUCCACCUCCUCGUGCGAAAUAUUACAUCACUCGGUUGCAAUUGGUUUUAUUGACGAAGAUUACAAAGUAGUGCAACUGUUAAUGUGCAAGAAACACCGGCGUCUCCAUGCAGAAUUAUACACAAGUAGGUCAGAUUCUUGGAGCGAGUUGACCGGCGAUUGGUGCGAUUUGGGGGUCCUUGAUGGUGUAGAUCUAGAGUUUUCCUAUAUUAGUCCGAUAAAAUCAUGGUGCAAUAAUGGCUACUUAGUGCACUGGCUCCUGGAAUACUAUGGAACUUAUUGCACGAAAACAAUAAGCGUCAAAAUACUAAGCUUGGAUAUGAAGAACGAAGUGUUUCAGACAGUCACGUUGCCUACGAAUUAUAGACUUGCUUUUAGAAAUCCUUUUAGAAAUCCCAUUUUUGUUUUUGCAGAAGAUGAGCACUCGUUUCGCUGCAUUGACUUUUUACAGGUUUCUAAGAGGAGUAACACGGUGGACAUUUAUGAGUCGAGAUGUAAAGGAAGUGAAUUGACUUGGAAUCACGUGAUGGAUGUGAGAGUACCCACUGCGGUACCUCUGUGGAGGACUGGUUUAGUGUUCUUGGAGCAUGAACGGGGCUACUGGAGCCCGUGGUCUAGUUAUGCUUCUAUAGGACCUGACUUGCGGGGCGCGUUUGUGUAUGAUUAUUGUGCACGCAAGUUCAUCUGCAGGCAUGUCUUGCCGCCACAGUCCAGGAUUGUUGAGUGUAGAGGCAGCUUCGUCUCACUACAAAAUUAG